CUCGAUUAAUUCAAUAUCUUAAAACUUCAUCUUCUAGUAGCUUCCAGUUGCUUCUGGAACCAAAAUUUUACAGAGAAUGUUGUACUUCGAUUUUCCGAAGCAAUGAACGGAAAUGGUGAAAGAGAAAAGGAAGAGGAGAAAAUGGAGGAAGAGAAUGAUGAGGAGAAGAGGUAUAAGUUGUUAAUGUGGGGAUAUCUUCCCGGAGUAUUGACUCAUAAGUCGCCGUUAACUUCUCCGGUGGCUGUUCAGUCGCCAGAGACCGGCAUUGAUGUUCAAUCGUGGAAGGAUGUUUGUGGUGGAGGUUGUGGUUUCGCCAUGGCCAUUUCAGCAGGGUCUGGAAAACUUAUCACGUGGGGUUCUGCAGAUGAUCAAGGCCAAAGCUACUUGACUUCAGGAAAACAUGGGGAGACUCCAGAGCCAUUUCUGCUUCCAACUGAUGAUCCAGUCGUGAAAGCUGCAGCUGGUUGGGCACAUAUUGUAUCUGUUACAGAAAAGAAUGAUGUAUACACAUGGGGCUGGAAAGAAUGCGUGCCUUCUUCCAAGCUUGUUGCAAAUUUCGCUGCUGGAGGAAGUGUUGAAGGGGAUGCUUUUCGGAAAGAAAGUUCAGUAUUAACUGAGCAAGAGAGCCCUCAGUCUCAAGGCUCCAAGUUAACUGGUAGUUCAGUCGCUCACCAAGAUAAUAAAAAAGCUGAAGAAACUGCAAAGAGGAGAAGAACAGUGACAGCUAAACAAGAACUUGAAAGCCCGCCACCUGCUGACGAAUCCCUUUCUGCACCACCUUGUAUUGUAGAACUGGAUCCUGGGGUGAAGAUAACCUCAGUUGCUGCAGGAGGGCGCCACACAUUAGCAUUGUCAGAUGUGGGACAGGUAUGGGGUUGGGGCUAUGGAGGUGAAGGGCAGCUUGGUUUAGGCUCCAGGAUUAAAAUAGUGGCUACCCCUCAUCUUAUACCAUGUCUGGAUACGUCUUCACAUGGAGCAGACCGGAGUCUUGGGAGUCCUCAAGGAAGCAUUACCCCAGGGAAUCAGACACGUAAAGCUUUGGGGAGCUACAUAAAGAGAAUUGCUUGUGGUGGCCGGCAUAGUGCAGUAAUCACAGAUGCUGGGGUGCUGCUUACAUUUGGCUGGGGAUUGUAUGGGCAGUGUGGACUAGGUAAUACAAACGACGUGCUGAGGCCAACUUGUGUCUCUUCUCUAUUGAACACUAGAAUAGAAGCCGUGGCAGGUGGACUAUGGCAUUCUGUGUGCUUAUGUGAUCAUGGCCGUGUGUAUACUUUUGGGGGAAAUCAGUUUGGCCAAUUGGGUCUAGGUACAGGCGCGGACCAUGCAGAGACAUCACCUAGGCUUGUGGAUGACUCAAUACUGGAAAACAAGAAUGUCAAAGUAGUGUCUUGUGGAGCUCGUCAUAGUGCCAUAAUGACAGAGGAUAGCAAAGUGUAUAGCUGGGGAUGGAACAAGUAUGGUCAGCUUGGCCUAAGUGAUACAAUUGACCGUAACAAUCCUUGUGAAGUACCCAUCGAUGAUUGUACACCAAAAAAUGUAGCGUGUGGGUGGUGGCACACACUAUUACUUGCUCAAAGCCAUCAGUGAUCUGCCCAGUAUUUGGAGAGAACGUCUGUUGUUUAAGUAACCCACUGACAGUGAAUUUGCACAAGAUCAGGGAGUGGCAUGUGGUCACCUGGAUCUAUCAUAAGUCUCAGGUCCACUUUAAGGAUUCCAGAGACAUUUGUAGAAAUUUUUUUUAGAGUUGCAGUAUUUGUUGAACCAAUGUACAGUAUGUUGAAUGUAACAUAUAUUUCACUGGCCUAUUGUCUUCGAGUUUAAAUCUGAUGUAUUUCAUAGUCUCAACAGGACUUAUUUUAUGAAGAUCUUUAUCCUCUUUUGGUAUA